AGCGCGUCAGCUGGUGUGUCACAUGAUCGCAAUCAUGUGAUUUGCAUACAGGGGAACGACCUGUUCAGAUAGCUGUACUUAUCAUCAGCAAGAAAGACACAUCUCAAGACAGUUUGAGAGUCUGAUGUUCGCGGUCACUCAGUCCCACACUCGCCAUGGCUUGGACAAAAUAUCAGCUUUUACUCGCCGCUAUGAUGCUCAUCACAGGCUCUAUUAACACACUAUCCGCAAAAUGGGCUGAUAUGUUCUCUGCACCUGGAUGUAAUGGUUCCCCAAAUCAUGCCUUCUCCCACCCUUUUGUUCAGGCUGUGGGAAUGUUUUUGGGAGAGUUGUCCUGUCUGGUGGUUUUCCACAUUCUCCUUUGUCAUGAUCGGCGCAAACCUGAGCCCACGAUGAUUCCGGGCCAAAGUUUCAACCCCCUGCUUUUCCUCCCCCCUGCCCUUUGUGACAUGUUGGGAACAUCCAUCAUGUAUGUUGCACUGAACAUGACCAGUGCCUCCAGUUUCCAGAUGCUGCGAGGAGCUGUGAUCAUCUUCACUGGACUGUUGUCUGUAGCGUUUUUAGGACGGCGGCUACAGCCCAGCCAGUGGAUUGGGAUCCUAGUCACCAUCCUUGGUCUGGUGGUGGUUGGCCUGGCUGACUUUCUGAAUGGCCAUAGGGAUGACUCCCAUAAGCUCAGUGAGGUUCUCACAGGGGACCUUUUGAUCAUCAUGGCACAGAUUAUUGUUGCAGUCCAGAUGGUCCUGGAGGAGAAGUUUGUUUACAAGCACAAUGUGCAUCCACUGAAGGCUGUUGGGACUGAAGGUUUUUUCGGAUUUGUCAUCCUCUCUUUGCUACUCAUCCCAAUGUUCUUCAUCCAUGUGGGAAGUUUUGCAGACAACCCACGGCAGGUCCUUGAAGACGCAUUGGACGCCUUCUGUCAGAUUGGCCAUAAACCCCUUAUUUUACUGGCACUGCUGGGCAACACCGUGAGCAUCGCCUUCUUUAACUUCGCCGGCAUCAGUGUCACCAAGGAAAUAAGUGCCACUACUCGCAUGGUGCUGGACAGUCUGCGUACUCUGGUCAUCUGGGUCAUGAGUUUACUGCUGGGUUGGGAGGUAUUUCAAGGCCUACAGAUCUUAGGCUUCAUCAUCCUACUCGUGGGUACAGCACUAUACAAUGGACUCCACAAGCCCUUGAUGGCCAAAAUGCCCUGCUGCCCUGGAGAGCAGAGAGCAGAGGAGGGAGAAGCCCCAGAGAGAGAGAGACUGCUUGGUGCAGGAAAAGCUGAAAAUGAGAGCUAAUAUUGGACUUUAAAAAUUAAAUGCUUUGUGGGCAGCCUUUUCUUCAGUUUUAACUGUUAUUUCCAUUUUAAGAAAGAUUCACAUUUUAGUAUUGUUUUAGAUUUUGAUUCAACACUUGGGAACCAUCACUACUUAUUGCGUACAGCCAUUUUUGUGGGCAUGUCUCAACUGUUUAAAAAAAAGGACAGUUGUGCUUAGAUUUUAAAAUGGUUGAAUGCAUAUUUUUACUUAAGGAAAGGGAAUCAGUUUUACAUGAUUUUAAUGCCAAAAAUAAUAUUUUAAAGUUUUUAAUUCUGUGGUUUAAAGGUUUCAAAACCAUUUGUUUUUGUUUACGUGAUGUGCUGUUGUUGGGAGAAGAUUAUUUCUCUAACCAUUUUAUUUGAGUAAUAUUUUUAGUGAUCUGUGAAACGGGUAUUGUGUACUGACAAGAAAAUCUUCUGUUAGUCCAUGUAUAUUUGGUUUAUAAAAAUAUGGAAGUGUCGCUGUGUUUACUGCCAGUAAAUAUCACAAUGUUUGAUUUUUUUCUUUUCUUUUUUAGAGUAAUACACAAGGAACCCUAGUUUCAAAAACAGUAUAGUUUCUACUAGAAGACAUCUGACAUCUGUUUCAUUUCACAAAUCUGUCCUCUGCAUAAAUGUAUAAAUUCCUUUCACAUUCUUGGUUGUACAUUGUGGAUGCAUUUGUUUGUUGUUAAUGAAAACAUGAAGAGGAAAGAACUGUUUCACUCAGUGACUAUUAGAUUAUAUUAGAUUAAUUACAAGUAAUGUCUGUGUCACAUAUCUAAUUAUGUGUAACAACCCUUUUAUUGAUUACCUAACUAAUGUUUGACCUGCGUAAUUCCACAAUGAAAAUAUGCGAACAAGAUGUAAAUGUAAAAUCUUUACAUACACUAGUAACAAAUGUUCAGCGUGUUAGCAUUAGCUAUAUCCAAACGCAAAGUUUAAAACAAUGGCAAUCAAUAAUAAUUAUAAAAAUGGUAACACUAUACAAUAAAUAUCCGUUAACUAACUAACUGACAAUGAGCAAUGUCAAAGACUAUAGAAUAAAAAAGC